AUGACGGUAACACUUGAAAGCAGGGAUGCUGAGAUUGCAAGAUUGAAUGCUCAGAUGCUACAGGCGCAAAGUGAGGGACCUGGUAUGGGCAAGAUUUCUACUUUGCAGGUCCAAAAUGAGAGCUUGAAUGCUGAAGUCAAUACUCUUACUCAACAAUUGCUUCAAGCUCAUGCUGAUGAAAAUGUCCGAAUGGCCCUCCUUCUCCAAUCCUUGUUCUUCUUCAUCAAUCUUCGUGUACCAAAUCUCAGGAUGAGUGAUUCUAAUUUAGGCGCAGCAUCGGGGGCAGGUGCACCAGAAGAACCAGUCCCAGUGGUUGGAGCAAUUUCUAUACCUGGGAAAAGGAGUUCAAUGGAAGAUGCGAUUUCUGUUUGGCCAAACCUUUGCUCCCCUUAUCUCAAUCAACAUCGCCCCAUUGAUUUCUUUGCUGUUUACGAUGGACUUGGUGGACCUCAUGUAUCUGGAUUGUGUAGAGAUAGAAUGUACCUUGUACUACUAGAAGAGCUGAUGAUGACGAAGACGAUCAUAUGCAGCAGCAGCAGCAACGAGAACAUGUCCCGGAGGACAAGAGCACAAUUGGAAGCGCAUAGGGUUAAGGAGAUGUGGAAAAGGGUGUUGAAGAGAUGCUUUGAGAGGAUUGAUGAGAUGGCUUUUGUUACCUGCUAUGAGUGUGGUAUAGGUAUCCCUUGCGGCUGUCCACCGCAGCACUUGGGACUCGGGGGAUCCACAGCCGUGUUGGCAAUUCUUACAAAGGAAAUUAUUAUUGUUGCUAAUUGUGGUGAUGCACGUGCUGUUCUUAGCCGUGGUGGGAGGGUCAUGCCUCUAUCUAUUGAUCACAAGCCCGACAGACCAGAGGAACGUGCUAGAAUAGAGGCAUGGGGAGGCCGGGUUGAUUUUGACGAUUGUGCACGAGUUGAAGGCAUACUUUCAAUGUCUAGGGCAAUAGGAGUCAAGUAUUUAAAGAAAUAUAUCAUAUCUGAGCCUGAAUUUACCUUCACAAAAAGGGAUCUACAAGAUGAGUGUUUGAUUAUUGCGAGUGAUGGCUUGUGGGACGUUGUACCAAAUGAAAUGGCAUGUCAGGUGGCUAGAGAAUGUCUUCAACAAGAAAAUCCAAGUGCUGAAAAUGAUGGGUUGAGGCCUUGGGUUGAAAAUGAUGGCAGAGGAGAAGUAUUUUCUUCCCCAAGUGCUGCUGCAGCAGCUCUACUUACUCGCCUUGCUAUAGCACGGGGUAGCCAAGAUAACAUCAGUGUCAUUGUGGUUGAUUUGAAAAUAGAUUAUAUUCAGCUUUAG